UUUGCCUUGCAGACAUGGCGGGCCCCAUCGUCCAGAUGAGCCGGCACAGACAGACGCGGGAGGCCGUGCCCCACGUCGCCCUGUCGCAGCACGGCAAGUGCGAGGAAGCGGCCUACGAGGAGCGGCAGUACCCAGCUGGGAAGUGGGCCUGUGUCACCAAGGGUGAGCCCCUGUAUGAGCAGAGCAUCUCCCUGAGCUUCAUGAAGCUCAUGCGCUACAUCUGCAAGGAGAACUCUGUAGGUUGCUAUCUGGGCAUGACCAUCCCGGUGCUCAAUGAAAUCCACCUGACCAAGGAGGGAACCGAGCUGGAGCGCGAGGUGCUCACUGCCUACUACAUCCCAGGAGAGUUCCAGCAAAACCCUCCCGCCCCCAUGGACCCCGAAAUCCACAUCACCGAGAGGGCACCGCUCCGGGUGAUAACCAGGGUGUUCUACGGGGUGACCACCGAGGAGACCAUCCUGCGGGAGAUCGCUCUCUUCUGGGAGCUCCUGGGUUCCACGGAUGCUGUGCUGCAGGAAACCUACAUCGUGGCAGUCUACGAAAACCCCAGCAUCCCUCAGCGCCGCAACGAGAUCUGGUUCAUCCGCCGGGCAGAGUGAGGCCCCGCUGCUGCGCCACGCUACGCUUGGCGAGCUCUGACCUGGAGGAGACGGCCACGCGCCCUCACCCACCGCUCACCCACACACCCAGCUGGGGCACCCAGCCGGCACGCCGCA